CAAAGCCCGAGAUUCGCCCAGAGCCUUCGCAAGCAUGGCCACGCAAGGGAGCGACCCGACGUCUCUCUUCUCCGCCCAGCCUGGCAAACCGUGUCGGGCGUGUACGGAUUUCAGGUCGUGGAUGAAGCAACAAGGAAGCCUACAGGGGGCUCCUAAGUCUGGUAAGGAAGGAGAAGAGAAAAACAGUUCAUCACAUGACAGUAAAGAGGAUAACACAAACACGUCUAAUUCAGCGUCAGGAUCUAUUUUGAAUGAAAAUGUAAAGUCAGCUGCAGUUGAUCCAGAUGACACGGAUGUUCCUCUAACAGGGAAAGCUGCCAAAUAUGGAUGUCCUGCAGAUAGUUUGUCACUUGGGCGAGGGUCAUGGAGGCUCUUACACAGCAUGGCAGCGUACUAUCCAGAGAAGCCUUCUGCUGACCAACAGAAGGACAUGUCUACCUUUAUAACAAUAUUCUCGAAAUUCUAUCCUUGCCAGCCAUGUGCAGAGGAUUUCAGAGAAUGGUUGAAGAAGAACACACCAGAUGUUUCUUCACAGAAAGGACUGUCUCGCUGGUUUUGUGAAGCCCAUAAUGAAGUCAACAGGAAACUUGAGAAACCAUUGUUUGACUGCAGCUUAGUUGAUCAGAGAUGGCGUGAUGGUUGGAAAGAUGGAUCUUGCGAUUAGUAUUUUUUUUUUAUAUAUGUAUUUAUUAAUUUUUUAGAAAUGUAUGACUACACUCUUAAAGUUGAAAAGGUGAGAGUGACAUGAAGGUGCAAUAUAUUUGUGUAUCUGCUAAUGUGCUUUAAAUAUUUAUAAAUAGCAAAUGUUGAGAGCAAUAGCAGUUAUGAUUCAUUCCAGUUAUAAUGAGAAUUCAAGUGAUAGCUUUUGAAUUGCAAGUUGCUUCAUCAUAUUACUUGGAUUUCAGGAAGAACCCAGUUAGUAGAUUAUAUUAAUUGUGGAUUUUUUUUUUUUUUGUUUCAUCAAAGCUGGCAGGUAAAGUGUUUCACAGGUUAUCAGUCAAAUAAAACUUUGGUUAUUUACAUGUAUUAUUAACUGUGGUUUGUUUAUUAAUUUUGUUUACACAAUGAUGGAAGCAGAAGUAAAUACUCACAAAAGUCAAUUAACCCAUUCGCGCCGGGCAUCACGUAUACGUGACGGGCCCACUUUGAGUUUACUUGUUUGAUUGUUUACAAACAUAGAUGGCUCCACUUGCACUUGUACUGCCUGUCUCGUCUGUUUACCCUUUUCUUUAAUUUACAAAAUUAUUUUGCGUUAUCUUAUUUUCCUGUUACUAAUGUUUAUAACAUUAGAGUAAUUAUAAUGUUUAAAAUAAAAAUAACCAUCGAUAUUCAUAGCACUAGUAAAAAUACAUUUUUCUGCCAAAUGAAAGUGUAGAGAAAUUUCAUAAAAAAAUAUAAAAAAUGAACACAGCAUUUCCCCCAUUUUUUGUUCAUUUUUACCCGGCGCGAAUGGGUUAAUAGGCCUACUUAACCUCUCCAGUUACCCCAUUCCUAGAAUUCACAGAAAAGAAUUUUAUUACUAUUAUUAUUGUUAAUAAUGUAGUCAUAAUGUUAAUGAUCCCCCCAAUCAAAGAAUGGGGUAAUCAGGCCUAACAGUUUACUCCUAUGUGUUAUUGAAACUAUCUGUGUGUAAACAAAACAAAUUAAAGAAAACUACAAUUGACUGUGCAUGUACCUGUUGCCAAUGGGUUAUGCUUUAGUUGAAGUAAGAGUAAAAGUAUACACCCAAGUUUUAUUAUUUCCUCUUUUAUGUUUAGGCACCUGAAUAACAGGGCAUAUUAGAUAUUGGUAAGAAAACUCAGGCAGAACUUGUCCAAUUUACUUAUGUUUUUUUUUUCAGUGUCUUAGAUAUUUACUUGCGUCUGUAGAGUUUUGGAUGCUUGGUUUACAUAAUGUUUGUAGGUGGUGAAAAAGCACAAGAUCGAGCACUGUAUAAAUAUGUGAUAACCAUGUAAGAAAUAUUGGACAGCUAUGAAAAUUACUUUUAACUUUUGAUGUGAUUGUCUGUAUUGUAGAAUACUCAUAGAAGAGAGUGGAUUUUUUAAUGUUUUAAAUUUUCAGUAUUUUAUAUGUGUAUCAGAACAUUGAGAAAUUUGGUUAUAAUGAAAUAUUGGUAUUGUUAUCAGUUGAGGACCUGUAUUAUAAUAUGUUGUAAUAUAUGCAUGCCACUACAAAAAGAAGAAGAAGGAGAAAAAACAGUGGUGCUAUCUUUAACAGGCUGUAAUUAUUAUGUGUAUGUAUUGUAUAAAAAUGUAUAUAUUGUUGAAUUAAUGUUUUAAAUUACAUGGUCUUGCAAGAACAA